CCCGUCUAUCACAGCGGCAACCACUACCUAGGCAUCGCGACAGAAAUUGUGGACGAAUGGAACGCGCCUGCCCACCGAUCCGCCCCCCUCCCGUCUUAUUGUCCCUAUUGUUUCAUUCUGUCCAACCCAGAGAUCUCAACCCCGGAUACCAGACCCCAGACCCCAGACCCCAAACGCCCAUAACCUAGGCCCGAAGUACGUACACGUGUACGGUGUAUGGAGUACGGCUUGCUUCCCCACAGAGACGGAUCACGAUAUCAUCCCGUACCUGAUGGAGUACAAUGCAUGAUUGGUCUCACCGAGGUGAUCAACCAUCCCGUCCAUGCGGCGUCCACUCGACAUGUCAGAAUAUCGUCAAUCUCCAGUCUCCUCCCUCUCCUCCCCCCUCCCCACUCUCCUCUACCCCGCAGAUCUCACAAGCCCUCUUCACAAGCCACCUCACCCCGAUGAUGCCUCAUAGAACCCUCCCCCCUUCCAUCCCGCAUCAUCGUCAUCUACGUGUAUCACAGGCGAAGGACGAUGUCCAGUCGAUUCCAACCGAUGACGCGCAAUCACGCAUACCUAGUCCCCCUCUCCGUCCUCAUCGUAGACCUCCCGACUCUGUUUCCUGGGGCACUGAUCAACUGACAGCCGUGCCGGAAUAAUGAAGUGAGUGCUUGUACGAGUGUCC